AUGGUGUCAUUGAACCCGAACCCGUCUGAAGGAUUGUACUUGGAUCCGAUGGGCAUGGCCCUUCCCAAUCUUAGCUCAUUCUCCAACACACCCACCGCUGUUGCCGUCGCCGCUACUUCCACGGCCAAAGCUUCGCCCCUAUCGGCGGAGGACGCCUCCAAGAAGGUGCGCAAACCCUACACUAUCACCAAGUCGCGAGAGAGUUGGACGGAACCCGAGCACGACAAGUUUCUUGAAGCGCUUCAACUGUUUGAUCGUGAUUGGAAGAAGAUUGAAGCAUUUGUUGGCUCUAAGACAGUGAUCCAGAUACGCAGUCAUGCUCAGAAGUAUUUUUUGAAGGUUCAAAAAAGUGGGACCAAUGAACAUUUACCUCCCCCUCGACCUAAAAGAAAAGCUGCUCAUCCAUACCCCCAAAAAGCCUCAAAAAAUGCUUCUGCACUCCCUCAAGUUGCAGCUUCCGUGCAAGAAUCGCAACUUUUACCGGAGCAUGAAUAUUUGCAAAGGAGUGCUUCUUCGGCUUUGCUCAAUAAUGCUGGUACUGGGGCGGCUGCGCCUUCUUGGAAUGACAACUCUGUUGAAGCAACAAGGGAUAAAGGUGAUCUGAGAACUGGAACUCAGCCAAUGACCAAUAACUAUUGCUGUAGUAGCGAUGAGAGCACUCCAAACUCCAAAAUGCGGCCCAUGGGUGAAAUGAUUGAUCCGGAUAAUCAUGGCCCCCGAAGAGUUUUACCAGAUUUUGCUGUAGUAUAUGGCUUCAUAGGCAGUGUCUUUGACUCAGAUGUGACGGACCACUUGCAGAAACUAAAAAGGAUGGACCCUAUUGAUGUGGAAACAGUAUUAUUGUUGAUGCGAAACUUGUCAGUCAAUUUGACCAGCCCCAGUUUCGAGGAUCAUAGGAGGUUGCUUUCAUCCUAUGAGAUAGAAUCAGUAUCAGAGCUUGAUGAUACAAACAUAUUUAUUCAUGAAUCAUUUGAUGAUGCCUCUCAACCUGUAUAA